CUUGGCCUUAAUUGCAAGAUGGCGACUUCCAGUAAAAGUCAGGUGUUAUCUUUGUACCGAAUGCUUAUGAAAGAAAGCAAGAAAUUCCCUUCAUAUAAUUACAGGACGUAUGCCCUCAGGAGAAUUAGAGAUGCCUUCAGGGAAAAUCGGACUGUGAGUGACCCUAAAGCCGUGGAGACUCUGUUGAAUCGAGCCUGGGAUAGCCUGGCAGUCAUCCAGCGACAGGUGUCCAUUGGGAAGCUCUACACUGCUCAGAAGACCGUCGUGGAGGACCGAGGGGCGAAGGCGACCGACUGAGCCGGGAGAGGGGGAACCUGGAUGACGCGUCUGCUGAAGGGAGGGCGCAGGGGAGUCGGGGCAUUCGCCCCCUUAAGCUUGACCUCCCGACGGAGAGCACGCGACAGGAAAAAGGGGGACCUGUGCUGCUGAGGCCCGGCUGUUUCCUGCCAUUGCCUUUCUCUCGCGGGGCUUCUCCACAACGCUGUGGUGGCAUGUUGAGCAGCUUUAUGUCAGCCAUAUUCACUGUGAGCUUGUACGAUGCUGUACACCCUGCCUUGAUUCCCUUUUGUUAUUUGAUUUAACUUUUAAACAGUUUAUUGUUACACUAUAUAAAUACACGUGUAUAUAUUUCUUUGUUUGAACUGAAUUUGAAACUGAAUUAAAGAUAUGUAUUUGAAUCAGAAUUUUUAUUUUUCAUUCAUAAAUGGCUUGCUUCAAAAAUAUUGUCCAAAGAAAUAAUGGAAUAGGAAUAAUUGAAUUUGCAGGAGUGGGAUUAUACGCUUGUAUGUGUCUGUAUAAACACUUAUAUUAAACAUAAUGCACAUGCUUAAAUAUAUUAGUAUUGCCAUACAUGUGAGAUGUUUAUGUAUAAGUGUGCAUUGUAUCUAGUGUACAGUAUGUGUUUAUCCAUGCAUAGACUAUCUACUUACUCAUUAUAAUCACAAAUAUAUUUGAGUGUGUAUA